CCUCCGCCAUUACGAGAACAACAACAACACCGACGCCGUGUGGACGCCGCCUCCGCCGGACCACUUGACUGGACAUUACCCUCUUGGCUCUCGAUACCACCGUCAGGCGUUCCUCUUCAACUGUCCGGAUUGUUGCGACGCCUGGCGCCUUAUCGCCCGGGGCCACAGGGAAGUUUUUAAGUUUUCCGGCUGGUUAUUAGUGCGGGAAGACUGUCCGGCGGCGGCGUGGUGGAGUCAGGCGACGCUAAUGUAGCCACACGGCUUUGUAUUUUACCCUUCAAGGAAACGCCAGAGCACAUCCAGCACCACUGCCAUCGUGGCUCCAUAAUCAGCAGCAGGAGUUGUAUGAAGUGGAAACCUUGACACAAACUGCACCUAUCAUGAAGAUGAAAACACCAGAUUCUAGAAUGUGGGAAGAGGUUCAGUCAUCUUGGAAAUAUAAAAACUCACAUGUUAAUGCAUACAGUUGAUAAACCUCAUGAGUGUCUAGAGUGUGGGAAAAGAUUCAGUCAGCUUGCAUGUCUGAGGAGUCACAUGGUGGUGCAUACUGAUGACAAACCUCAUGAAUGUCCAACGUGUGGGAAAAAAUCAGGCAGCUUGGAAAUAUGAAGACGCACAUGUUGGCACAUACGGAUGACAAACUUCACAAGUGUCCAGAGUGUGGGGAAAAAUUCAGGCAGCUUGGAAUUAUGAAGAGUCACAUGUUGGCACAUAUGGAUGGGAAACUUCACAAGUGUCUAGAGUGUGGGAAAAGAUUCCAUCAUCUUGAAAGUAUGAGGAGGCACUCGUUGGUGCAUUCCAUUGAAACUCAUUUCCACUGUUCCGUGUGUGGAAAGACAUUUACGGAACGUAUGAUGAGCUUCAUCACGGAAGUAUCAUGCUAUCACCAUGGACGGUACGUUGGUAAACAGUGAUUCUACAUCCAACGAGGCUCUUAUCCCUGUGGCCCGUGUUCCCC